CUUCCGGCCAACUCAUCUGAACUCUGCUGUCAGUUCAAAUGUGUCACUUUCUGCCAUUCAGUCAAACAAUCGAUCGCUUCACUUUAAAACAGACCGAAGUUGAAGAGCAAAGACAACAGGCGAAAUGGUGCUGCUGACGAUGAUUGUUCGUGUCGCCGACAGUCUGCCGCUCGCUGCAUCAAUGCAAGAGGACGAGCAGUCAGGGCGAGACUUACAGAGAUACCAGAGUCAAGCCAAGCAGCUUUGCCGAAAACUGAACGAGCAGAGUCCUGCGCGCUGUACUUUAGAGGCGGGAGCCAUGUCCUUUCAUUACGUCAUUGAGAAAGGAGUGUGUUACUUGGCCUUAUGUGAAGCAGGAUUCCCCAAGAAACUGGCGUUUGCCUAUCUGGAGGAUCUGGAGGGAGAAUUCAGUGAGCAGUACGGGACAAAGGUCCCUUCAGUGUCACGGCCGUACUCUUUUAUCGAAUUUGACACAUACAUUCAGAAAACCAAAAAGUCUUACAUCGACAGCAGAGCACGAAGAAACCUGGGCAGCAUCAAUUCAGAGUUACACGAUGUCCAGAGGAUCAUGGUUGCUAAUAUCGAGGAAGUGCUCCAGCGUGGAGAAGCGUUAUCUGCCUUGGAUUCCAAAGCAAGUAAUCUGUCCAGCCUUUCUAAGAAGUACCGCAGCGAUGCAAAGUACCUCAACACUCGGUCCACCUAUGCUAAAGUGGCCGCCGGCGCCGUGAUCUUCAUCACACUCAUUGUUUAUGUGCGCUUCUGGUGGCUGUGAAUGUAUGACAAAUUCAAGCAGAAACUCUCAGGGCCUCACUCACAAAAAUGGCUCAGACACCAGAGAGUCUGUUCUGGCCUUAAGGUUGUGUCUGUUUGAGACACUGAAUGUAGCGGUCAAUGAGUUUUGUCGAGUUAAUCAUGCUGUUGUCUUUUUACACUUUUUUUGUAACGUGUAGGUGUUAAUGAUGUACUUGUUGCCUUGUAUAUGUUCAGGAUGUUGAUAACAGCUAUGCAAAGUACAUGUGGAGUUUAUAGGAAAUCACAUCUGUAUCUGGAGAAAAAGUUGUACAUCUUCGUUGGGACAGAAUUUAAGAGCCCACUAUGUCAAAUAUAUUUUUAAUUUGUGA